AUGCAGAGCGAGCUGUUUGCUGGCGUGCGAAGAGGGCCGAAGCCACUCUGUUCGAGUUCGAAUUUGGCCGGGGAAAGUGACGUAAAGCAGCUUGCAAAGCACGCGUUCCUUUCAGCCUUGCAGGUUACCUCAAGGCCCUCGUCCCGCUCGCAGUCUGCAGCUCCCACAUGCGCGUCCGGCGCCGGGAGCCUGCCGCCUUCCAUGCGGCCCUUGCAGCUCCAGCGAGCACUCUCUGCCACCCUUCCAGAGGGCGUGCGACACAAAGCGCAUAUGCCCUCCGCUUCACGCGUGGCUGCCAAGGGCGGGACAGCCCUUCGUCGAAUGUCUCAGGGUCCGCUGUCGUCGCCCUCGGUCCUCUCCUGCUCAUAUCCCUCGCCCGUGCCUUCGCCGCCGGCUCCCGUACUCUCUCUGCCGCCCGCAGGCUCCUUCGCCCCCAGUGUCUUCGCACCGAUACGGCAACAUGCACGCACAGUGGACAUUUUACCGUGCGGCGCUGCUGAUGCCCGCGAAGAGGAACCACGAACGAGACAAAAGUCACCCUUUUCCUUUUUUCCGUGUUCGCUGAGCUCCGCACACUGCGUAGAGAAACAUUCGCUGUCUUCGGCGCCCCGCGCCUCCUGUCUGUUCGGCUCGCGGUCGGGCUCCCCGCCUUCGCGGUUGUCGGAGCGUCUCACUUCCUCCUCGGCGCCGUCUUCCGAGGCGGAUAACUCACCCGACGACGCGGGUUCUAUCCCGCUGCCUUCCUCUCCGUUCUGCUGUUCCUCUCGCGCUACGUCCUCGAACACGCACAGCGACACCGGCUGCGACGACGCCUUUUGCAGUCGGGAAAAGGAGGCGUGCAGGCCUGUCUGCGUGCCUGGAAGAGGGGAAGGCCUCGGGGGAUGCGCCUGGGCACGCCAAAGCGCAGGCAGGGAUGGCGACAGGGCGGAGGGCAAUAGCAGCGAUUCAAAAUGGUGUACACGGGAGAAGGCGAUUGCUGAGGUGAUCUCACGGAUUCGAGAGCACCGGAAGAUAGGGCGAGAGCGGAGGAAGAGAGAGGACCCGUUCUUCUCGUCUGCUUCCUCCCUGAAAAAAGCCGACCAAGAUGCUGCCGAGAAACCCCCGUAUGCCGGAGCGCAUCUUCGCAGUUUGAGAGUUAAUAGGGCAGGGACGUACUACGAGGACUGGGAAAGAAGACGACAAGAAGCUGCCAUGGACCGCUUGCUCACGCGUGCCCGUGGGAAGGCAGGACAGGAGGCGCGACAGCAGAGCAACGAGCUGCCGGAGACGCAAGCAGCUAAUGCCGGUUCGCCGCCUUCCCCGUCUCAUGCUCAACCCGCACAGGUGACGCAAGAAGUCGCGCGAGGCAGAGAUCUGCACAUGGGGCCCGCGUCGCCUCCGCGAGAGAAGAGUAUAGCAGACUUAGAGGCGGGUGACCGAGCAGGAGAAACCGUCUGCGCAGCGAUGUCCUUCGACUUCUGUGCGACUUUCUCGUUUCAGCUCGCAAGUCCGGCGCCCCCGUCGUCCGCGCUGGAGACUGCUGCUGCUGCAGAAAUCCCCUCUCUCUUGGAAUUGAAAGGCGGCAGUACGCCGCUGGGUCUCGGGGACUCUGCGAAGCUUGACUGCGUGGACGAGGCGGUGCGCGGUGGCUGCGGGUCUAGCACGGUCGAUGAAGAUCCUUCACGACACUCAUUAGAGCGCUCUCCAAAGAAAACGGCAUGCUGCCUCGCUAAACUUUUGGAGAGCGACUUGUGCUCCCCUCUGUCAAUCAAGUCUGUCCAUGCCUCUUCGUCUUCCUUCUGUCAUCAUCCCUCUUUUUUUCUCCCUGUCUCUCCCGCAUCCUGCGUGACUGUCGCGGCCUCUCCUCCUUCUUCGAUGCUUGCGCUUUCCUCUAGCUCGUUGCCACGCGCGGACCUUGGAUGCGCUGCAGGCGAGCCGGGACAGGGUCACACCCCCGCCGUUUGCCGCGGCGGCUCUUCGCUGUCUUACUGCGUGGACGCAGUCGCACCCGUGAGGACGGUGACGGAAAACGCGAGAAGCGAAAAGUUGACGCUGCUCUCCGUCUCGCUCCCUCCUCGUCCUAUCGCUCCUGCAGCAACGCCACAGUCCCCGUCCGCAGACGCUGUCAGCCCGUCAUCUUCGCGAAGAGAUGCUCCGCUGCCCACUCUCUCGGUGUCUGCAUGUGGACUCUCCCGAAAGUCGACGGCUGAAACGGAAGUUGCGACGAGCCGAGACUCCGGUCGGACUUCCACCGGUCUCGCGGGGGGAGGGAGGGGACUAGGAUCCAUUUCUUCGGAUGCCUCGUCAUCUCUGUCUUCUGUCGCGCUCUUCAGCGAACAGGCUGCCGAAGGAGCGGCUGCAGCCGACGCGAGCGACUCUCUCUUGCCUGUGGAGCGUGCCAACGAGCUGGCGUCUCCUCGGUCUCCGCUCGCGCUCUGCGCUUCUCCGCGGGCGGGGGACCUCUCCUCCUCGUCCUCCCCCGAAGCCACGGGAGCAGAGAGGAACGCCGAGCCUAAGGAGGAAACCUACACCGUUCCGAGCGUCGCAGGCCGCCAGGCAGGCCUGCGACGCUCGGAACUCCCCUCGAGCCCUUCCCUUCUGUCUCCUGGGGCCCCGUCGUGGGCCGCCGUUGCGCAGACAGACGCAGAAGAUGAGAGCGAUCCUCCGAGUGUGUCUCCUCGCUCGGAAGAUUCGCUUUCUUGUCCUGUCUGCCCAUCUCCGUGCGCGCCCGGCUGUGUAGCCUCUGCGUCUCUGCUUGAUUCGCCUUCUGCUCUAGUUGUGCUCGUGUCACCCGCAUCCUCGCCUUCCCCGACGGGUCCUGUUGCCUCUUCUUCUCCUCUUUCGUCCCACGUUUUGUCUCCGCUUCCGCUGUCCUCUCGUUCGUCCUCUGGUCCUCUCGAUUGUUCCAGAAGUCUCGACGCCGCUGUCGCUUCUGCGCGCGCCCCAAUAUCGCCACCGGGCCCCUCGGGUUCUCCUCCCCCCGCGUCGUCGUCGCCUGUUUCGUCCGAGUGCUUCGCUUCAAGCCGGUCUGCGGAUUCCGCUUUGCCUGUGGAACGCAGGUUCUCUGUCUGUGUGGCUCUCGCUUUGUCGUUGCCCCGGUGCAAGGCUUCUUCAUCGGAUUCGGGCGCUCGUCUCCCUUCCUUGCCGUCGUCUCCCGAGGUCUCCGCCCGCCUCGAGCCUGAGGUGCCUAGCGUCGACUUGUCUCCUUUGUCAAGCGUCUCUCCCGCCGGCUGUCCUGCGCCUCCCUCGUGCCAAGCUGCUCAAAAGAUAAGAGAACCUCAACAGCAAACUCGAGGAGACUGCGUAGAACAGGGCGGCGUCUCGUGGCUCCCGAAGGCCGGGUCAGGCGGGCGCGAUGAAGAGCUCGACUUGCAACCUGACGAGGAAGACGUGCCUGCGCCUGAGCAGGAUCAAGAAUCGCCUUUCGCGCUUGCGCCUUGGCCAGUUUCUCCUGGAUCACCGUCGAGCCCGUGUGGAGCGCCCGAGGAGUCCCCUGAGGCUGUUUUUGAGCAGGAAUCUGGUUUUGGUUCUUUUCCAAACGACGCGGCUGAGUCGUCGGGAUCUGAGGAAGCGAUGAGUGCGCCGACUGUGCUGUCGCAUAUCUGCAGGAGCGUAGCGACUCCUCUUCUCGGGGUCUCUGGGGCCUCACCGGUUCCGUCUCCGCCUCUCCCUUUGUCCCCCGCAUCCCGAACUUCGUGUCGGCCGCCCUCUCCCACAUGGUUGGCCUCCCCCGCUCGUUCUUUUUCGCUGUGCUCUUCGCCGCUUUUUUCGUGCCUGCCGUCGUCGUUCCCGUCUGCUUUCCUGCGAGAGAGUUCGGAGAACGGAGAAGAAAGGAAGGCGUCAAGCAGCGGCAGCGACGCUGCAAGUGAGGAUCGAUGCCGUUGCGUCUCUGAGGGAGACGACAAUGCACAAGCGGCAGGCGACGACGAGACAGCUUUCCUUUCCUUCUUCCUCCCCGAGGCCUCGCCGCUGCUCUCGCAACUCGGGGCCCAAACGCUGGGCGCCGUUUCAUCUUUACUCGUCUUUCCCGCCUCAGCCUACGACGUCCGACCCGAAAGAGCUGCCGACGCAGAGCCCCGGCCCCCGAGCCGAGCGACGGCAGCCUUGCCCGCUGAGCAGCCUUCGUCUAUCCGCCCAUUCAGCGAUGCGUGCCAAAGUGCCCUCGUCCCCGAGGCGCGUCACUCCAACCAAGAACGAACUCAAGACGCAGGAGAUACCAGUAAAAAUAGCCUGGAUGAGAGUGAGGAGGAACGAGAGGAAAGCGUCGGUGACUUUUCGUACGUAGUGCUCGAGGAAGGCAUGGAAGGAUGGCUGAGGCCUGGCGAAACAGCUGAAGGGCUUGAUAGCCCAGCGGAAGAGAUCCAGCGCAGAGAAGAGCCGUGCGCCGCGACCGUGGAGGAGGGCUCCAGCGAAACCCAAAACGAAGAAGGUCACCCGAGCGAAGAAGAAAGCAAGGCUUUCGCCAGUGAAGUCGGGGCGCUCAAUGGAUUGAGGAACACGGCCCUAGCCGGAACUGAGGCUGUCGCGCGGCUCAGCCCCGGCAACAGGAUGGCUUCGACAUGCUCUGACUCUCCGCGUGGUGAUUACCUCUCUUGCGCCGCGUCGGCGUCUGUAAAUCUAUCUUCGAGUCGACGUGAAACUCUAGAGGAAGUAUCUGCCGCGGCUGCGGGGUGCCCGCCGCCAGUGGCUACGAGCGCGUGCUUUCUGCGGCUUCUGCGCGGAAUCAAAACUGGAAAGAAGCCUAGGGAGAACGUCGAGGAAGAAGACCGAAGCGGAGAGCCCACAGAGCUCCUGGGCCAAGAGGAAGUGACAGAACUCGGCCGCGAAGGACGCGUGGAACCCGCCGCCCACGUUGAGGAAGCAGCGAAAAACGAGGCGAAUAGCGAGGGGGAAGAGAAGGCUGACGGGCUGCAGACAAGGGGAGGCAACACGAGUUGCCGAAUUUCCGCAGGCGGCGACACGGGAGACAGGGAAGAAGAGGUCUGUAAGGACGAAAAAGAUCAUUCGGAGAAUGAAAGAUCCCCUGCGCGAGACGAGGACAGAGAAGCGCCACGAGGACCGAGAGGUGGAGGAGACAUGCAGCUGCCGGCCGAAGCCGCAACGAUGCCUGCAGAAAAAACUGCUGAACAACCUACAGAAAACGCGCGAGACACAGACAAGAGAGAGCAACACGCAGAGCAGGAAGCCGAGGAGCUAAGUGGAACGCCACAGGACGCCGCAUCGAACCCGCUGGAAGAGAAGAGCGAAAUAUGGAGAAACGAUGACCUCGCCGCCCACGCAGGCGACGAAGAGGCGCUCGAAGACCGACACACGGGAGAGACAGAAGACGCAAAACUUCCUGGAAGCGACGCUGAGAUCCACCCCACGUUGGAAGCGGAGCCCCCUGCGACAUGCGAAGGUCUACCGAGCGCGACAAGCAGCCCAGCCGACAGACACGAAACUGCAGCAGUCGCUGCGGACGAGACACACAGCAUGGGGGAAGCUGAUAAGGAAGGUCUCAGUCACAAGGAACGAGAAGAAAACUCAAGAAGUGGGGAGGCGAUGGUUGUGCGUAAAGAAGAGGAACGAGGCGACGAUCCGAACCACGAGGAACAGAGACUCUCCGUGGCGCGUACUGCUGAGCUCAGCGCCGCCCCUGUGUCUCAGUGGGCUUCAUCUACGCCAGCGCCAGGCAGCCCCUGCGGGACAGAGCAGAAAAUAGAGGAACUAGAACGCGUGAUUUUCAGUUUCCAGCUUGUCGGCUCCGAGGAGUCUGAGACACGCGAAGUCAAAGAUUCUGCAACCCUGGAAGCGGGGAGCAUCAACUGUAAACGCCGCAAAAUCAACGCUCAAAACAGAUCCAAGGUACGCGCGCCGCGGCUCGUUUUGAAGCCCAGGAUAGAAGGAGCGAAGAACAGAGACGAAGGCCGAGGAAACCAAGACGAGCGCGGCGUGGCGGAACAACAGCACGCCCAGACGCAGGCAGGAAACGACCAAGGUGACGCAGGGGGAGAAAGCGAAGCGGCUGCUAAUCAGGGAGUCAACAAGCGACAGGAGGAGGAAGCCAGAGGGGAGCAGGACGGAAAACUGCCGCCGCAGGAGGGAGAACGAAACGAGCAAGCAGAACAAAUAGAAGAGAAGGCAGAACCUGGCAACGCGCAACCGGAAGACGAACGAAGAGACAGUGGAGAUGAAGUAGGAGGUGAGAUGACGCGCAAGGAGAGUGAACCAGAAAGGGAGGUUCAGGCAACACGUGCUCAGCAGCACGGAGGAAACGGAGGGGGAGAUAAAGAGACGGAAGAUACCACGCAGACACGAGAAGGGCCCCCGUCAAGCAGCGCACAAGCCGCAGAGAGUGAUAACUCUGCCGAGAGCGGCGACUUCAUUGUCGCCCAGCGAGCACGCACAGAAAGAGAAAAGAGCUCCGCUGGGGCUGUCGUGCAACGCCGGUUCCUCACAGAAAGGAAGGGAGAGAAUGGGGGGAACGUGAGCGGCGGAGGAUCUGAAACGCGCGACGGGAGCGGCAGGGGACGUGGCGAGAAGGAGCUUGUGUCUUCCGUGGAGAAUAAAGAAGAUGGUGAAACAGCAGAAAAGUUGAGUGAGACCUUCUCUGAAGACCAAUCCACAAGGGUUGACGAUCCGAAUGAGGAGGAGGGCCGACGGAGAGAGGAGGAGCGCAAGAGAGGACGGGAGGUCGGCGAAGAGAUCCUUGAGACUACGCGCGUCCCGACAGACGAAGAGCUUGCAUUCUGGCUUGGUCACAGAGAGGAUACCGGCGGCCUCGGCGGUGGAGAUGUCUGUGCGCCUGAGAGCGGCGUAGGAGACGAGACUGCCCUGGACGGCACUCCGUUCUCUCUCGCCUACCCGCUUCACCCAGGGGACUGUCUUUCCCAAGACACGGCUUCUUUUCCGAUUUCACACGAAGCAGGCCAGCAGCAAGAGAGCCUUCCACACCCCCCUCCUUUGUCUUCGUUCCCCAGCGUCCACUGGAGCGGGCAGCGGGGCCCGCGGAGCCCGUCUCCGCCCUCCUCGCCGCUUGGUCGCCCUCGGGAAGCCGCAGAAGGCUGUGUCUCUGCGUCUCUGCAGAGAGAGUCAUGCGGAGGCAGCGACGCUCACGCGCCGGUCUCCAGCUCCUCACACUGCGACACAGGGCGCCCUCGAACAGACGCAGAAAGAGAGGCGAAGCGAGUGGAGAACGGGAACUCACUCCAAGGGGAGGUGGGCGCGGAGACGGGAGAAAGCUCUGCGUUGCCACCUUCGGCCUACGGCGACCUCAUCGAGUUCGUCCGCGAGAUUCUCGAGAAGGCAAUUUCGAACCCGGAGCUUGUGGCUGAGGUGAAGGAGCUUCUGAUUAGGCGAGCUGGCGAGGACGUCAAAAUGGAGCAAAGCGAAGCGCAUGCAACGCGUGCCACAGAGCCUCUCAAAAGCUCAGCAGGCGAGCGCGGCGAGGCCAGGGAAGCAGCCGAGAAGCAGCUAGGAGAGGGUCACGAGAAGGAGAAGAACAGAGAUGUGGGGGACGGAGAAACAGAAGACGCUCACGCUGACCGACAGGCAGCAGAAACCGAGCCGAAGGAAGAGCGGAAUCUCCAAAAGGAUGCCAGUAGCGACGGCGGAGAUAAGACCCCCGCAGCAAGCGGCGAAGAAAACGAAACGGCUGCAUCGCAGAAGGCUGAAAUAGCGGCUCCAACCACGAAGGAUGGCGACACAAACCGCGCCGAUAAGCUCAUGCAGCAUCGGAGGGGAAAGACGGCGAAGCCCGAAAAGGGCGUGGAGCGUGAUGUGGAUGCCGCAGCCAAGAAGGACAGCGCCGCGGAGAAGGGGAAAACGCGGCAAGAGGGAGGGCAGGAAUCGAAAGGAGCUGAGGUAGGAGACGCGAAAAACGCCCCGAAGACUGGAGCAGAAAAACCAGACAGAAACGAGAAAGGCCGCACAGACUGCAAACCUCGCCGAAGAGUGAACAUGCAAAGACUGGAAGAGCUGCAUCGGCAAGUCUUUGAAAGGCAACGACGGAAUCGCGAACGAGCCGAAGAGCUCGCACGCGAUCAGGCUUUGAAGCUCGAGAAGGAAAAAGCUCUUCUGAAACGACGCCCAGCCCCUCCACGGCCCAAGGCUGCCCUCGAGAAGCCUUCUUCAGAAGGCCUAUGCUGUCGCAGCCUCUCCCAAAACCACGACGACCAGAGCGUGGCUUCGCGAGGAAGCCCGUGGGGAGAGUCUGCGGAGGCCGCCCGCAAGGCAACGCAGAGGAGACUCCCUUUUCUUUCCUCUGUCCAAAGCCUCGCGUCGGCGCUGUUAAACGAAGGGGGUGGGAGCCGGGAGUCGCUGAAACGAGGCAAGGGCGCCGAAGACAGCGGCCUACCUUCUGCGCACGCAGCCUCAAAGCCUACCUUUACUACACGAAGGAAAGAAAGUCCACACAAAGAAGCGGGGAACGGGGGAAAGAUGCUGCCGGCUCUCCCUGCUUGCCCUGAGUUCACCCUCCUAGACCGCAGACAAGGAAAUCGCCGCACGGAGAACGAGAUACAGGACGCGGCGGGCUCCUCGGUCGCGAGAGGAGCUCCUUCCACGCAAGGACGCUCGACUUGGGAUGAGCUCGAGGACCUGCUGAAUUCCGUCGAGGCGAGAAGUGCGGCUGUCGGUUCCCUGGAAGGCGGCGUCUUCCCAGACGCCUCUCCGUCGCCGCAUCCACCGUCUGCACAGCCUUUGCAGUCCUUUGUCUCUCCCUCUGCGUCGCCUUCGCCUCUUUCGAUCGCGGUGUCCUCGGACUCGGGUAUUUCGGCUUACCGCGGCGGAGACGAGCCCAGGGCGGUGCGCAUCCUGCGUCGUCUGGAAGAGCGCGCCUUUGCCACAGCUGUCGACGUCCUGCGCGGCCUGCGUUCCUCCGCGUCAGCCUCGUCCGCGGCGCUGUUUCCUCCGCUCGACGGCGUAGACUCCACCAGGGACUGCCUGCGCGUUGAGGGCACGACGUGGGAAGAGCUCGAUCUGCGUGUGUCGGCCCUGAAGCCCGCCAAAACGUGCCCUUCCGCGUCCUUUCUCUCUCCGCAGAGCGCACAGAGGGAGACGAAGGAGACAGGGUACGCGGGACGAGCGGGCAAGUGCCUCGUGAAGCCGAGUGCAGAGGCGACGGGACUACGAGAAGCACGAGUCGCCCAGAGAGCGCCCGUGGCUGGAAAAGGCUCUGAGGAAGCGACCGGCAGCUCUCUUGUCGCAGUCUUUCUCCCCCCUCCCUCGACUUCUCCGGCUUUCCCCCGCUCCAGCUCCAACGCAGCUCCUGGCAACAGGCGAAGCACAUCUCGGGCAGGCGCACGGCUUUCUGAACUCGCGUCUGACGCGAAGCUGCGCAAACUCGAAAGAAGCAGCGGAGGCCGGAGUGAAUACAACCCGCAUGGAGACAAGAACGAAGGGGCCCAAGGGGAGCGACUGCGCCAGAGGGUCAUGCCUCGAACGUGCCAAGUGAACACGCUGGCAGUGAGAAGACCGGAGAAGGCAACCAGAGAUCCUAGUCAGCAUCGUGGAGCACCGCCAGCGAGUCUCGCGUCCUGCCCGUCGUCUUCGCUGCCUGCGUGGAAGCCCGCCGGCGUCGCUAACGUCAAGCCAGCGCCUCAGGCACACCCAGCGAAGGUGCGGCCUUCUUCUUCCUCCCCCUCUUCUCCUGCGCGGGUCUCUGUCCCUCGCCGGCCCCUGUCGCCUGCGACGGUCGGGAGGGCGGCAGGCGCUCGGAGCGUCUCGAGUCCCCUGCGUUCUCGCUGUUUCUCUUCUCCGCUCAGACUGUCAUUUUUGGCUCAUACAGGAUGCGGAGUGGAGCGUGAGUGCGAGCGACGCCGAAAACUGAGCAAGAAAAGCGAAGCCUCGGCUGCGCCGAGAGACGCCGCCUCCGCCGCCGCUUCCGCCUCCUCGUGUGCACUCUCGAGUUCUGCCUCUGCCAAGACCCCGCGGGAGCCAGGCGUCGACUUCUGCUUCCGCCCUGAUCUGCGGAGCUGUCUGGGUCCGCAGACCCGCAGACAAGCCAGCCUCGCGACGGCGCAAACGGCGAAAUGUCGAGCUUCCUCCCUCAAUGGUUCGAGUUGCUGGGCUUCUGCGUCUUCUGCGGGCCUCACUGCCAGUCCGGCGCCCGCCCGCGCCGCGCCGCGGCUCGGCGCUGCCCCCUCGGCAGGAGGGAGGCGAGAGCCCGAAGGUGAAAGGGAACUGGAAAGAGGUGCGCGGCGCAGCUCUACGACCGAACGAACUCGACUUUUCUCCAAGCAGGGAGAAGAAUGGAGCCAUGCAUGCGCCUCGGCUACCGCCGCGUUCGCGGACGAGAUGCAACACUUCCACGCUGCAGAACGGCUUCGGCAGUCGUUUUCGUCUGAUGCCUUCCCUCCGCAAGCGACGCACGAGACCAGGAGCGCAAAGCUAGCGCCGCUGGCAGGGCUGUCGCUCCAGGAGAGCACAGCUGCGGUUUCCCAGCUUCACCGGUCUCCAUACGAAGUGAAUCGACGAGGGGCGAGCGCAGCGGCAGAACGGGGCGCUCCCCUGCGCCAUUGUUCCUCGCUCAAGCAGCAGCCUCGCGGUCGCUCUCGCUUUUCUCCUGACACGGUGCUGCACCAGCCUCCCACGAAUGCAUCAAGUACGCGACAGAGUUCCUCUUUGUAUUCGCGGCGUCGAUGCGCGUCUGGCUUGUCAGGCAGUGAGGAUCAGGCGCGAAGAGAUAAGAAAUCCAGACACGCUCUACGUGAUGAGGCGUUUGUCUGUCCGUCGCCUCCCUCUCGUGCACUCUCCCCUCUAUCUUUUUUGGCAUCUUCCUUCGUCUCCAACCCUCCGGGCGAGGCCGCCGCCAUCAGAGACAGCCGUCUGCAGCGACAUGUGCAUGCACGCGAAGAGCGGAGCCAGUGCGACGACGCACGCCCGUUUCUACCGGAACUAGAAGCGGAAGAGAGGAGAGAACUGCAGCAGGCCCACUCUUUCGAGGAUGAAGUGGAGCACUUAGAGCGUAAAGAAAUGAACAGCAAUCGUGGCAUUCGCGCGAGCGAGCAACGGGAAAUCGAAAAUAUCUCGAGUGCGUAUCGCCGAGGAAGAUCUCGUAGGGCCGGACAUCUUCGAGGCGAGGCCCUAUGUACCCCGAGGGCCAGCGACGACGACAGCCUGCCUCUAUCACCUUUUUCUUUCACGCGCAUUGAGAGCGUGAUGAGCCGAAUCGCAGAGAUGGAGGAACUCACUGGGCUGCGGCCGUGUGGAGUGCGUUCAGGAGGACACAUCGAGUCAGAGCGAAGAGCGGCCGAUGCAAGAAGAGCGUGA